UUUAUUGUGCUCGCAUUAUUUUAAGCAAUUAUUAGUGUUUCUCUUUUCGAAUAGUUUAGAAUACUUUAAAACUAGUAUCAUUAUUUCGGUGCAGAUGCAGUGACACUGACUGUAACCUUGGACGUUUUAAGCGUAACAUACACAGCAUGCAUUUUUUAACUUCCUUUAAUGAAAGGAAAAGGAUAUCGUUUGCGGUGUACUCUUCGCUGGUAAUUUAUGGUACUUCACCGAGGGCUGUGAAAGAGUUAAGACUGUGAACUCCAGCUGACAGUCAGCUGACGGCCCCUGACAGACACUUCGCCAAAACUUUUGUUUCUCCACUAUUAUGCUAAUUGGCUCGCGGGCCGCGCGAAGCCCCAUUGGCUGCGAGUCCCGGUCAAUUCCCCGUUUCGAACCUGACGUCAGGGCGCCUAUAAAACUCUGCAAUGCUUUUCAAACUCAUCCGCUGGCUGAGCCUUUUAAAAAAUUCUCCAACAAGCCCGGGUUACUGUUUGUUUCUUUUUUUUUUUUUUUUACCUCCUUCAUACCUCCUCUGCAAGUCUGCGCCCUCUUGUUUCCUGCACCCUUUCGCAGUCGCCAGUUUUGCGCAGAAGCCAUGAGGUGUUGUUGAUGUUUGAGGCGCGAAGGUGUCCACGUUCUCGUGCGUUGCGAGGAAAAAAAGGGGCGAAGCGCGCGCCGCCGUCGCUCCGAUGCGUCUGUGCAGCAGACUCUGCAAAAGGAGCAUAAUUUAGGGGGAAAAAAAAAAAGACCGCCGCUGCAUACCGACAAAAAAAAAAAAAAAAGGAAGAAAAGAAAAAGAAAACAAUUCUUGAUUUGAAAUAAAUAAAUAAGAGUUCAAGCUGGCUCACACUCUUCCAAACCAGAACAGUUUGACAGCUGCUCUUCACCCCCUUUGGAGGACUGUCAACAGCAAAAGGAUGGCAUCAGAACUGGCAAUGAGCAGCUCCGACCUGCCCACCAGUCCCCUGGCCAUGGAAUAUGUUAAUGACUUCGAUCUGAUGAAGUUUGAAGUGAAAAAGGAGCCGGUGGAGCCCGAUCGCAGCAUCAGCCAGUGCAGCCGCCUGAUCGCCGGGGGAUCCCUGUCUUCCACCCCGAUGAGCACGCCUUGCAGUUCGGUGCCUCCUUCUCCGAGCUUCUCGGCGCCCAGCCCGGGCUCCGGCAGCGAGCAGAAGGCGCACCUGGAGGAUUUCUACUGGAUGACCGGGUACCAGCAGCAGCUGAACCCGGAGGCGUUGGGCUUCAGCCCCGAAGACGCCGUGGAGGCGCUGAUCAACAGCACUCACCAGCUUCAGAGCUUCGAUGGCUAUGCUAGAGGGCAGCAGUUCGCCGGCGCAGCCGGAGCGGGAGGCACCAUGGCCGGGGAGGAGAUGGGAUCUGCAGCCGCGGUGGUGUCCGCUGUGAUCGCGGCUGCCGCAGCCCAGAACGGGGGUCCGCACCACCACCACCACCACCAUCACACCGGCGGUCACCACCAAGCGCCCAGCGUCCCCUCGAACGGCAGCUCGGGAGGAAGCCACCAGCACAUGCAUCUGGACGAGCGGUUCUCGGACGAGCAGCUGGUGACCAUGUCCGUGCGCGAGCUCAACCGGCAGCUGCGGGGGGUCAGCAAAGAAGAGGUGAUCCGGCUCAAACAAAAGAGGAGGACCCUCAAAAACCGAGGCUACGCGCAGUCGUGCCGCUACAAGCGGGUCCAGCAGAGGCACGUCCUGGAGAGCGAGAAGAGCCAGCUCAUCCAGCAGGUGGACCACCUCAAACAGGAGAUCUCCAGGCUGGUCCGGGAGAGGGACGCCUACAAGGAGAAGUACGAGAAGCUCAUCAGCAAUGGCUUCAGAGAAAACGGCUCGAGCAGCGACAACAACCCUUCUUCUCCAGAGUUCUUCAUGUCGUCAAGAAAAUUUCUACAUCUGUGAUGGGGAGGACCCUCUGCCCUUGACCUCAAUGACGGAG